AUGAUCUCCCGCCCCGAGCCCACCCUUCUCGAGCAACUCGAAGCCGCCGGUGUCAAGGUCGACACCGACUCCAUGGACCCCGCUAUCGCCGCGAACCUCCCCUUCAAGGCCCACGACAUGACCUCCAACCAGCUGCUCGUCCAGGAGCAGCUCAUCAACCCUGACAACAAGGCCCUUGUCGAAAAGACCAUCAGGGAGCUCAAGGGCAAGAGCUGGUUUGACGUUCACACCGUCUUGACCGCGAGGUUUGCCAAGAGGGUCUUCCCCCACAUCCAAGGUCGUGUCCUUGCGCAGACCACUCCUAGCCAGGGCUUCAACAAGCAAGCCAUCAUCGACCACGCUCGCGCUUAUGACAAGGCUUACCAGGCCGAAGGUAUCUCCCGUGACCGAUUCUGCAUCAAGGUGCCCGCCACUACCGCCGGUGUCCAAGCCGCCAAGGUUCUUAACGACGAAGGCAUCCGUACGCUUGGUACCUCUCUCUUCUCCCUCGCCCAGGCUAUUGCAUCCUCUCAAGCUGGCAUGCUCUCCAUCUCGCCUUACUACAAUGAGGUCCGUGCUCAUGUGGAGAACGAGCUCUGGCCCGACGUCGCCGACCCUGCGACCCAGCACCCAAUGUCAUUCCGUAUGCGCCACAUCCGCGACACCUACGACCGCCUCGAGAAGGAGACUGGUAAAGUCCAGCCUCUGAUCAAAUCCGCUUCCUUCAUCACGGCAAGGGAAGCCAUGGCAAUGGUCGAACUCGGCGCUGACCACGCCACCAUCCUCUCGGGCUGCAUGGCUGACCUCCUCUCGACCACCCGUCUCCCCGUCUACGCCAAAGGCGCCGAAUGGCAAGUCCGCCUCUCCGCCGACACCCCCAACACCCAGUGGGCUGACUGGACCCCGCCCGAGCCUGUCGCGAGCAAGGCAAGGAUGGCCGAGAUGGCCAAAGCGGACCCGUUGAGUGGAUUGAUGCAGCAGGACUGGAAGAUUGCUAGUACCGACGUUGACUAUUUGGCGGACGGUGUGCUGGACAAGCUCAAUGAAGAGGAUGAGGUGACCAAGACGAGGUUGAGGGAUGCGCUCGUGCUCUUCCAGGGUGGUGAGAAGGAGAGUCAGAUUGAGAUUGAGAGGUUGCAGAAGAUCUAUGUUUAA